CAAGCCCAUCUUUCCCUCUUCUCUUCAAACCACAACCAUCUCCCGGUGCUUCGGCCUUACUCCUCUAUUUCCUAAGAGGCUUCAACUUUUCCUGAUCUUGUUGUCUGACUUUCUGCCUGGUGCAUUACCCUCCUUCAUUACCAAACAACAACGUCGGCCUUAAGCGUUCCCUCUCUACGCAAAUACCCACUCGAGCCUGUAGGAUCCUUACCGCAACUGCUCAAAGCCAAACCUCUAUCUUUUGCAGAGAACUUGUGUCAAAGUCUUCGGCCCUUUCUCCUUCGAUAUCUGAAGUUACUCGUCUGGAACGGAUAGCCUCAGCACAAUGUUUUUCGCCCAAGCUCUUGUUGCUACCAGCGGCUUUGCUGUGCUUUCGCAAGCACACAUGCUCAUGAACACACCCAAGCCAUUUGCUUCACCUGUGUUGCACAAUGGCCCUCUUCAAACUGACGGCAGCGACUUUCCUUGCCAGAACACGGGAGGCGGCUACUCCGGAACCCCCAAUGCUAUGGCGCUGGGCUCGAAGCAGAGCCUCGCCUUCACCGGGUCGGCUGUUCACGGAGGAGGCUCCUGCCAGAUUUCUAUCACCUACGACACCAACCCAACCAAGGACAGUGUGUGGAAGGUUAUCCAUUCCAUUGAAGGUGGCUGUCCUGCAAAGAACACGGCUGGAAACCUGGCUGACAACCCGGAUCUUGCUGAUCCCUUCGGCUAUUCGUUCCCUAUCCCUGACAACAUUCCCACCGGCAACGGAACCAUUGCUUGGACAUGGAUCAACAAGGUCGGCAACCGAGAGUUCUACAUGAACUGUGCGCCCGUUACUCUUACUGGCAGUGGGGGCGACAAGUCCAAUUGGGAAUCGCUGCCAAACAUGCUGGUAGCUAACAUCCCUGCCAUCAACAAGUGCACAACACGUGAAAGCAAGGACUACAGGUACCCCAACCCUGGCAAGUCGGUCGACACCUUUGCUUCAGACUUUGAGGGUGGACUUUCUCCUGAGUGCAAUGCUGUUUCUGGCGGCGGUUCCGGUGGUGGUUCCGGUGGUGGUUCCGGCGGUGGCUCCAACGGUGGUUCCAACGGUGGCUCUGGAUCGUCUCCUUCACCAUCCACCACUGCUCCGGCUGCUCCUCCCACUAAUGCUCCUGGUGGAGGUGGAGGUGGAGGUGGAAUCUUCAUCACAGCCCCGGUUCCUGAUGCUCCCACCACUUCUGCUCCUGCUCCUCCUGCUCAAACCGGCGGCGGCUCUUCCGGUGGUGGGUCUGGCUCUGGGUCUGGCUCUGGUUCUGGUUCUGGCUCUGGCUCUGGCUCUGGCUCUGGCUCUGGCUCUGGCUCUGGUGGCUCCGGCUCCGGUGGCUCGGGCAGCUCCGGUGCUGGAUCUGCUUGCAGCACUGAUGGCAUGUGGAACUGCGUUGAUGGAAAGUCAUACCAGCAGUGCGCUGCCGGCGUCUGGACGCCCGUCAUGCCACUUGCUGCUGGCACCGUUUGCGAUGUCGGCCAAUCUACUUCUCUCAACAUCAAGGCUGCUGGCAAGAAGAUGAGGCGCCUUGCCGUUCGUUUCAGGGGUUAAAGCGUCAAACUCCAACACUCAUUCAAACAUAAACAACACUUUCUUUCUCUUCGUUCAUUACACACAUCUUUGGGAUCUUUUUUGGGGGCUCUUGCAUUGGAUAAAGCAACACAUUAGCAAUACCCGGCGGCGCAUUUUGUUUAAAAGCCUUUCUUUUCUUGACACAAACAGCUUGUAGUAUUACCAUGUACAUUCUCUAUAACACUAGAAUAAACAGAAUUUGGACAUACCCAUAAUAUUCA